ACGCUUCAGCUCGCUCGGCGCUCGCUCUUCAUGUGACGCUGACAUCUGUGUAAGAUCCACAUGUUAGUUUAACGAACAUUAAAAUGAUGAAGAAGUCGCUGUUGUCUCUGCUUCAAUGCUUUAACUGACAGUUAAACAGUCCUGACGUUUCCUCUUCAGUCCCACUCCGACACUUCAGCUCCUUUCUCUCCUCAGUCACACUCUUCAGCUGACACCAGCGUCCUUCAUCCUUCAGGGUUAAACUUCAUCACUUCACAGUUCUGUUCUCCAGCAGCCACCUCAUGUCCUGUCAGCGACUCUGUUUAAUUACUUCAGAUCCGGGUAGUACUUCAGUAGUACUUCAGUAGUACUUGGUCAAUAUUUAGUAGACUUCAAACGCUGUUGGUCUGGAACAACAGUGACCCCCCCCCAACACACACACACACACACACACACACACAGAGUCACUGUUUUCCAGUUCAAAGUGCGUUUUGGGGGGCAAUGACCCUCGGCUCAGUGUUUGUAGCCAGACUGUUAGUCUUCACUGUGAAGAAGAGGAAGGUAGACACACCAGUCGAAGGAGCAGAGAGGAGGACAUCGCCAUGACGACUGAAUACCAUGACGACACUGAAGAUGACAGCAGCUCCUUCUGGAACAAAGAGCCUGCUCCCGUCUCUCUCUCUGGAGUCUCCAGGUCCAGACGCUGGUUGUUUCCUGCUCUGACAGCGACAGUCAUCCUGAUCCUGAUCAUAGCACUGGGAGCCAGCAGCACGAGGAUGUCCAAUCAGCUGUGGUCUGUGGACAAAAGUGUUUCCAACCUGACUAAAUCGCUGGGCACGACACAGCAGCUCAGCACAGAUGCAGCUAAAGAAGUUCACCGCCUGAAGUUUGCUGUGGAGAGCAACAAGGAUCAGCUGACCUCAGUGUCAGAGGCGUUGAAGCAGCUUUCAGCUCUGGACUCGAUCAGCAGGACGGUCGCCUCGCUCAAAUGUUCCCUCGAUCGCAUCAUCAACAACGGUUCGGUGGGGGACGGCUGUUGUCCUGUGGACUGGAAUCUUUCUGGCACCAGCUGUUAUUUUUUCAGUAGGACACCUUUGUCCUGGGACGAUGCCAGAGACUGGUGCAACGGACACGAGUCCCACCUGGUCAUCCUCAACACUGACGAGGAGUGGGACUUUGUGAACCGUCACGCCUCGGGCACCUUCUACUGGGUGGGUCUGACCGAUGAGAGGACGGGGAAGUGGGAGUGGGUCAAUCAGACGCCGUACGUCAUGAACCGGAGGCGGUGGAGACCCGGGCAGCCCGACAGCUGGACCGGUCACGGUCUCGGUCCCGGAGACGAAGACUGCGCCCACCUUCACAGCGACGGACGCCUCAACGACCUACACUGCUCCACCAUGAUCCGCUACAUCUGCCAGAGACACAGCCAGCGCGGCUGAACAGCACUGCUCACCUCAUACAGGUGUUCUGAUCCGCUGUGGACUGUCACCUGAAACCAUUAAAUAAAUUGAUCCAGACACGUCAGACUGAUCUGUUUCUGCACGUCCACGAGCUGAUGACAUCAUCACAUCUGGCCAAUGACGGUCGAUCUGAGCUGUGUGCAGGUGUUCUGUCUCCUGUUUGAUAGAAACUACAGCGAGCAGCUGUUCAAACAUGAAACAUGAGUUUUUAAAGGUCCAAUGAGCUUUGAGCCGAGAGCCACAGACAGGAAGUCACAGACGGACGAACACGUUAUUGACCAACAGGAAAUUUGAUCAGCUCGUUUUCAGAACACGUUCGCUCAAAGAUUAAAGUUCUUUAAUGCUGACACAGUCACAAACAUUUCAUCAGAACUUCAAGCUGCAGCUCGAGCGUGAACACUUCGUACAUACGCAGUACCACUGAAGUACUAACGAGGUACGAGGGACAACUAAGAAACAAAUGACACAGGACGUACGCUUUUAAUCACUUCAAGGUUUCAUAUCCUCUAUUUUACAAAAACUGUGCCACAAAAGGAGAAACUACACUUCAAAUAACUUUAUUGAUGUUGUUUCUGAGUGAAAGUGUGCACGAAGCUCCGUAGUGUUUACGGUCCGAUGACAUAGAAGCUGGUUUUAAUGCAGUAUCGACAGUAUUCAGCACAGCUUUACCAACCUCAUGUGAUUAAACAGGUACUAACAUCAUACUGAGUGUCAUUUAUUUCAAAGUCUCCCUCAAACAAAGUGUUUUACUGACAUCACCAAUAAACUGC